AUGCAGUUCGAAAGCAAGAGCAGCCGGGCAAAGGGCCUGGCUUUUCAUCCUAAACGACCAUGGAUCCUGGUUAGCUUGCACAGCAGCACGAUCCAACUAUGGGACUAUCGAAUGGGCACACUCAUCGACAGGUUUGAGGAGCAUGACGGACCAGUGCGCGGUAUAGACUUCCACAAGACACAGCCGUUAUUUGUUUCUGGAGGAGACGACUACAAGAUCAAAGUCUGGUCAUACCAAACAAGACGAUGUCUCUUCACACUCAAUGGCCAUCUUGACUACGUUCGAACGGUCUUCUUUCACCAUGAACUGCCUUGGAUAUUGUCAGCCUCAGAUGAUCAGACGAUCAGGAUAUGGAAUUGGCAGAAUCGAUCGCUGAUCUGCACGAUGACCGGUCACAAUCAUUACGCGAUGUGUGCACAAUUCCACCCCAAAGAAGACCUGAUUGUCUCCGCUUCAUUAGAUCAAUCCGUUCGAGUCUGGGACAUUUCUGGUCUGCGCAAGAAGCAUUCAGCACCUACUUCCAUAAGCUUUGAAGACCAGAUGGCACGCGCAAGCCAACAACAAGCUGACAUGUUUGGAAAUACCGACGCCGUCGUCAAAUUUGUGUUAGAAGGUCACGAUCGUGGGGUGAACUGGGUUGCAUUCCAUCCAACCUUGCCGUUGAUUGUCUCUGCUGGUGACGAUCGCCUGGUCAAGCUUUGGAGAAUGAGCGAAACAAAAGCAUGGGAGGUAGACACCUGUCGCGGACAUUUUCAGAAUGUGUCUGCAUGUCUGUUCCAUCCCCAUCAGGACUUGAUUUUGUCUGUCGGCGAAGACAAGACAAUUCGGGUUUGGGAUUUGAAUAAGAGGACAUCGGUCCAGUCAUUCAAGCGAGAAAAUGACCGCUUCUGGGUGAUUGCAGCACAUCCAGAGAUCAACCUUUUUGCCGCAGGUCAUGACAACGGUGUGAUGGUGUUCAAACUUGAACGAGAACGGCCAGCAUUCUCGGUCUAUCAAAACCAGCUGUUCUAUAUCACGAAGGAUAAGCACGUCCGAUCAUACGAUUUCACCAAGAACGCCGAAUCCCCUUCGCUCCUGUCACUUAGGAAGCUUGGGAGCAACUGGGUCCCUCUACGGACACUCUCUUAUAACCCCGCAGAGAGAUCUAUUUUGGUCACGUCGCCUUCGGACAGCGGUACCUAUGAACUGAUUGCUCUUCCACGAGAUGCGACUGGUGCGUCAGAUCCAACCGAUGUCAAGCGUGGCUCUGGCAAUGCUGCAGUUUUUGUCGCCCGAAAUCGCUUCGCGGUCUUCGCCACUUCUACACAGCUGGUUGAGAUCAAAGACUUGAGCAAUUCCACAACAAAAUCAUUCAAGGCACCACUUGGCACGACCGAUAUCAGCUACGGUGGCCCAGGCUGCCUCCUGCUCAUCACUCCCACCAAUGUCGUCCUCUAUGACAUCCAGCAGAAGAAGCAACUAGCGGAACUGGGUGUGAGCGGUGUCAAAUAUGUAUCCUGGUCCAAUGACGGGCUUUAUGCCGCCUUACUAAGCAAGCACAAUGUGACCAUUGUCAACAAGUCCUUGGAGCAGGUGAGCACUUUGCACGAAACGAUCAGAAUCAAGAGCGCCACAUGGGAUGACUCCGGAGUUCUUCUCUACUCGACCCUCAACCACAUCAAGUAUACUCUACUCAAUGGCGACAAUGGCAUUGUUAGGACUUUGGAUCACACCGUGUAUCUUGUCAAGGUAAAGGGUCGCAAUGUCUAUUGCCUUGACAGAGCCGCCAAACCUAGAGUUCUCAGCAUCGACCCUACAGAGUACCGGUUCAAGUUGGCACUGGUGAAACGAAACUACGAUGAAAUGCUCCAAAUCAUUAAGACAUCUAGUCUCGUUGGCCAAAGCAUUAUUUCCUAUCUCCAGAAGAAAGGCUAUCCCGAGAUUGCAUUGCAAUUCGUGCAAGAUCCCCAGACUCGGUUCGAACUGGCUAUUGAGUGUGGCAAUCUGGAGGUAGCCACGGAGAUGGCCAAAGAGCUCGACCGCCCAAAGAUCUGGACACGCCUAGGUACUGAGGCUUUGAUACAUGGCAACCACCAAACAGUCGAGAUGACGUAUCAAAAGCUUCGAAACUUUGAUAAACUUUCUUUCCUGUACCUUUGUACAGGUGACGAAGAAAAGCUGACGAGAAUGUCCAAGAUCGCCGAGCAUCGCGGAGACUUUGUCUCCCGGUUUCAAAACGCUCUCUAUGUCGGGGAUGUCGAGAGCAGGAUACAGAUGUUCAAGGAGAUCGACCUGUAUCCGCUUGCUUACCUCACGGCAAAGUCGCAUGGUCUGACCGAAGAAUGUGCAGCCAUACUCGAACUCUGCGGCUUGACCGAAGACCAGAUCUCUAUGCCAGAGCCCGGAGAUGGCCUUACAAAGCCAGACGUCAUUGUACAGACCUAUAAAGCAAACUGGCCUGUUAAAGAAGCAUCCCAUUCUUCGUUCGAAAAGGCGCUCUUAGGCGAAGUUGGUGUGGCAGUGGAUGAAGAUGCCAGGUCUGAUUUGCUCAACGAAGAUAUCCCUGUCCCCACAGAUGGCAACGGCCUCGCCGCAGAGGACGAUGCCGAUGCAGUCGAGGGUUGGGACAUGGGAGACGAUAUUGGCCUUGAUACCACUGGGAAUGAUUCUGACUUUGUCAAUAUCGACAACCCCGAUGGCCCAGUUGAGGCCGCGGGUCCUGGGAGUUCGGAAGCAGACAUCUGGGCUCGAAACUCUCCACUAGCUGCCGAUCAUGUUGCUGCCGGAUCAUUUGACAGUGCCAUGCAGCUCUUGAACCGUCAAGUGGGUGCUGUCCGGUUCGAGAAACUGAAGCCGAGAUUCAUGGAGAUUUACCAAGCUUCCAAGACUUAUCUUCCCGCCAAUGCCAGUCUGCCGCCAAUUGUGAACUAUGUCCGCCGGACCCUCGAUGACACCGACAGCAGAAAACUCCUGCCAUUCAUCCCACGAAACCUUGAGACUCUGACUACUGUCGACUUACAGGAAGGCUACAGCGCAAUGAGGACCAACAAGCUGGAGAAUGGCGUGGUCACAUUCCGAAAUAUUCUGCAGUCACUGCUGGUCAAUGUCGUCAACUCGGAGGCGCAAGUGGAUGAAGCCAAGGCACUUAUUGCAAAAUCCAUGGAGUACACCCUUGCAAUGAGCAUUGAGCUAGAGAGGCGUCAACUGGCAGCUGCUGGUGACGAUUCCGAAGAAGGGCUCAAGCGACAGUUGGAGCUUUCUGCCUACUUCACGAUGCCGAAACUCGACGUUUCUCACCGACAGCUGGCUCUUAUGGCCGCUAUGAAGCUGGCCUUUUCUCAUAAGCAAUUUUCGAGCGCGCUGUCUUUCGCCAACCGAGUCCUGGCAAACGGCGGCGCCUCCAAACUCGUUGAACAGGCAAAGAAGGUCAAACAACAGGCAGAGCGGUCUGGAUCCAGUGACAAGAUCGGCAUCGAAUACGACCAGUUUGCAGACUUCGACGUAUGCGCAGCCUCCUACACUCCCAUUUAUAGUGGAGUCCAGAGUGUCUCUUGCCCAUACGAUGGUUCGAAAUAUCACAUUCAAUACAAGGGCCAGGUCUGCAAUCUCUGCCAGGUCUGUGAGGUUGGCGCUGCGGCUAGUGGACUAAGGCUGUGGGUUAAAGGGCUGUGA